AUGGUUGCCGUUCCUAAUAUCAAACUUAACAAUGGCAUCGACAUGCCCCAGGUGGGCUUCGGUCUCUGGAAGGUCGGCAACGAUGUCGCCGCUGAUACUGUUUACAACGCCAUAAAGGCUGGGUACCGCCUCUUUGACGGCGCUUGCGACUAUGGCAACGAGGUUGAGUGCGGCCAGGGUGUCGCCCGCGCCAUCGCCGACGGUCUCGUGAAGCGCGAGGAGCUCUUCAUCGUCUCCAAGCUCUGGAACACCUUCCACGACGGCGACCGCGUUGAGCCCAUCGCCAGGAAGCAGCUCGCCGACUGGGGCCUCGACUACUUUGAUCUCUACCUCAUCCACUUCCCCGUUGCCCUUGAAUACGUCGACCCCAGCGUCCGCUACCCGCCCGGCUGGUUCUAUGACGGCGAGGGCGAGAUUAGGACUUCCAAGGCCUCCAUCCAGGAGACCUGGACGGCCUUCGAGGGCCUCGUAGAGAAGGGCCUUGCCAAGAGCAUCGGCGUCUCCAACUUCCAGGCCCAGCUCCUUUACGACCUCCUCCGAUACGCCAAGAUUCGCCCCGCCACCCUCCAGAUCGAGCAUCACCCUUACCUCGUCCAGCAGGAGCUCGUCAACCUCGCCAAGGCUGAGGGUAUCGCCGUCACGGCCUACUCUUCCUUCGGUUCCCUCUCCUUUGAGGAGUUCUCCAUGAAGCAGGCUAAGGGCCUCACUCCUCUCCUCGAGCAGGACACCAUUAAGGCUGUUGCCGAGAAGAACGGAAAGACCCCAUCGCAGGUCCUCCUUCGAUGGGCUACCCAGCGUGGCCUCGCUGUUAUCCCCAAGACCACCCGCCCCGCCAUCAUGGAGGCCAACCUCGAUGUCACGAGCUUCGAUCUCCCCCAGGAGGAUAUCGAUGCCAUCAGCGCACUUGACAGGAACCUCCGCUUCAACCAGCCCUCCAACUACUUCCCUACCGAGUCCCUCUGGAUCUUCGGCUAA